AUGGCUGGUCCAUUGUUCAUACUUCAGAUAUGGGCAUGGGACCGUAUCACAACAGUAUCGUUGACACUGUCUAACCGAGAGUUGCAGGAGGAUGGUCUGGAACAUAUGUAUGCUAUUGCUACCAACCCGACCACUGGGAGCAUGACGGCUAUUUGCGAUCUCAUACAGCCCGUUUCUUUUUGUAUGAUGGAAGAGAGACGGCAGACACAGUUACCAGCUCCACAUCAAGCACCUGCUGCACCGCCUAGCACGGCUAACCCAGUUGACCCACCUAUUCCAGAGUCAGUUUCAAGUGGUAGUAGGGGUAGGAGUCGUGGUCAUGCUAGGGGUCGUAGAAGGGAUCAGGUACAAGCAGCACAAGGUGGAAAAUCUUCUGUUCUUAUGGAUGUGAAGCCUUGGGAUGACGAGACAGAUAUGAAGAAGUUGGAGGAGGCAGUACGGAGUGUUGAGAUGCCUGGUCUCUUGUGGGGAGCAUCAAAACUGGUUCCAGUUUGUUAUGGCAUCAAGAAAUUGCAGAUCAUGCUCACCAUUGUGGAUGACCUUGUAUCUGUGGAUGACCUCAUAGAGGAGCAUCUGACAGCUGAGCCUUGCAACGAAUACGUUCAGAGCUGCGACAUUGUUGCCUUCAACAAAAUAUAAGAACAAAGAUGAAUUUUGUUAUGUUCUACUGAUUCUAGCGUUAUAGCCAUUUUAGCAUCUUUAGUAUGUCUGUCAUUUUCUUUUUAAUUGGUUUCUACUGUCAACAUUUUCCCAUGGUUCUGCUUAUGUUUUUUUAGAUUGGUGAGAGUUGGAAAGAUUUAUCACUUGAAA